UUCACCGAUGCCCCCAUCGCACUCUCUGCUCCAGAAGCUCCUGCCGGAGGAACCGGAGCCCGAGACGUCCGGGGACACGGGAGGAACAAGAAGGCUCACUUUGUGCUCAGCAUUGCCUGAAUAAUCUAUUGCAAGGAGAAUAUUUCAGUCCUGUGGAAUUAUCCUCAAUUGCCCAUCAGCUAGAUGAAGAAGAGAGGAUGAGAAUGGCAGAAGGAGGAGUUACUAGUGAAGACUAUCGCACGUUUUUACAGCAGCCUUCUGGAAAUAUGGAUGACAGUGGUUUUUUCUCUAUUCAAGUUAUAAGCAAUGCCUUGAAAGUUUGGGGUUUAGAACUAAUCCUGUUCAACAGUCCAGAGUAUCAGAGGCUCAGGAUUGAUCCUAUAAAUGAAAGAUCAUUUAUAUGCAAUUAUAAAGAACACUGGUUUACAGUUAGAAAAUUAGGAAAACAGUGGUUUAACUUGAAUUCUCUCUUGACGGGUCCAGAAUUAAUAUCAGAUACAUACCUUGCACUUUUCUUGGCUCAAUUACAACAGGAAGGUUACUCUAUAUUUGUUGUUAAGGGUGAUCUGCCAGAUUGUGAAGCUGACCAACUACUGCAGAUGAUCAGAGUCCAACAGAUGCAUCGACCAAAACUUAUUGGAGAAGAAUUAGCACAAUUAAAAGAAGAGAGAGUCCAUAAAACAGACCUGGAACAAGUCUUAGAAGCGAAUGAUGGGUCAGGGAUAUUAGAUGAAGAUGAGGAGGAUUUGCAGAGGGCUCUGGCAUUAAGUCGGCAAGAAAUUGACAUGGAAGAUGAAGAAGCAGAUCUCCGCAGGGCUAUUCAGCUCAGUAUGCAAGGUAGUUCCAGAAAUAUAUUGCAAGAUAUUCCACAGACAUCAGGUACAAAUCUUACUUCGGAAGAGCUGCGGAAGAGAAGAGAAGCCUACUUUGAAAAACAGCAGCAGCAGCAACAGCAGCAGCAGCAGCAGCAACAACAGCAGAUAGAUCCAUCAGGACAGGUUUCACAUUCAUGUGAAAGGCCGACCGCAAGUUCAGGAGCACUUGGGAGUGAUCUAGAUGAUGCUAUGAGUGAAGAAGACAUGCUUCAGGCAGCUGUGACCAUGUCUUUAGAAACUGUUAGAACAAAUUCGAAAACAGAAGGAAAAAAAUAAUGCCUUUAAAAAAUCAUUUAUUCAUACUUUCCAAUAUUAUCCUGUGUGAUUACAACAUAGGGUCCAUUUUGGUGAUGUGUCAAAGAGAGCAGUGUUCAACAGAGGAAAUAAGACUUUCCUGCAGUUUGCAAACAAAAUGAUGAGAAAGUGGAAAAAUGUGUCAGUUGUAGGACUAAAUAAUGGUCCUUCAAGUACUAGCCAAAGAGGCAUUCAGUAAUUAAAGAAAUUCAAAAUAGUUUUCUAAAUGUUCCUUUUUCUUGUUUGAGUGUGCAAUAUCUAGCAUGUCUAAAAUUAGGGCAUUUUUAUUGAAUCUUUUUGCAGACCAACUAAUUUGCUUUUGCCACAGAACUUUCUCCAUAGAGUUUUGUUUUCUUUUUUUCUCUUUUGUUGUAUGUAAUUUGGCUCAUUUUCAUUGGCUAAUAGUUGUUUUUAUUUCUCCUUAAUCAGUUAACCUUUCGGGAAAGUGUCUCUUAUCUGUGUUGAUAAUAGUAAUGAUUCCAGAAGGAUAAACAGUUCUCCCUCCCAACUAUAUAUCAUGCUCUUGGGUGUUUUCUCACGUUGUUUUCUCUGAUCACUUUUCUACAACUAUUUUGAAAGAUGGUAAUCUUUUCUGAGGUUUUGCUUUUUAAGCCCUCUAUGAUGGGAUCAUUACUUCAUGAUUCUUGUGCAUUCCUAAACUCUGAAAUCAGCUCUACACAAUAUUUGAGAAUAAAUGAGCAUUCUUUAAAA